AUGGGGUCGGCCUUGUUAAAGGAGGAGCAGCAGCGCGUAGUGCUCGCGAUCUCGAAGCUGUUUGAAGAGGCCGUGAACGUAGCAUUGAAUGCCGAACAUAACUUCAAGUCUGCGAGACUAGGCGGAAGCGCGGGUAGCGCGGCUUCUUCGAGCCCUUCGAGGGGUCCAGAACCCAUCCACCUCAGCCAAGCUGAAGAGGCGGCAGACCUCUUUGCUGCUGAGCAGCGCGCCGACAUCCGUCGAUGCUUUAUGUGCGGGAGUACCGGUACCUGCGGCCUAGUUGCCCGUUGCGCGGCAAGGCCAAUGCUCCGUCGAGUCGAAGCACCGCUUCGAAUACCUUCUCAGUUCUUAGACUUUGACAGUGUUGAACGCUGCUUGGUCUUAGACCUGGAUGGGAGGUAUGGCCUUAUCCUUGGCAUGACGUGGCUUGAGAGCCACGAGCCCUGGUUCGACUGGAAGUCAAAAACGUUAGGCCCUACGCGCUCAUUUCAUAGUGGAGCAUUGACGAGUCAUGAACCCACCUCUGCUAAGAGACAGAAGCGCUAUUGGCGCGGGCACAAGGCCGAGUCGGCCGUGGUGCUGGACAUUGGAAUGUCCGAAAUGGUAAGCAACGAAGUUGCAGUUGGUUGUGACGGUGCGCAAGGCGUAGCACCCCCUCUGUUGAGCGGUAUUAGUAGGGUCGAUGACCCACCGCUGAGUGUCUUGUAUGACACUGUUCCCUCUCUGAGGAGUGCAGGUGUGUUGCCACCUGGGCCAAUCGACGGUGGUAACGUCGCCAGGCCAUUCUCGUCCAGUCGUGCGCGGCCGAGGAGAGAGAGGAGGAGGAGACGCCGAGCGUUCAUGAUGUCUAUGACGUCGGACGAGAUGUCCACUGUGUCGAGCGGUGAGACUCCACGAGACUGCAGUGAGCAGUUGUACGCACUCGUCAACGGAGUGACAGGGGAUGUCGACGGAGACAUCAGUCUCGAGUGA